AUGGGUGUGUCCCUCCGCUCCGGCGACGCCAACGUACAUUUGCGCGAGAUCAAUGCCAAUGGAAACCGUUUUUAUGUUAACAAGGACUCGUCGGCUUACUGUCCCCCCGAUAUUUCCGGUCUCGACUGCAGCGAAUACGGAAACAACACGGUGUUCGCCUACAAUAGCGAAGUUCAAACACUCGGCCUAGCCACGACGCUGCCCGGUGGCCAACAGAUUUAUGUGGCGGCCGAUGGUGCCCUUAGCUACACGGUCCCUCACUCCGCCGCUAUCCCAGCUGACGCCCUCGUGCGUAACUUCACCUAUACGCCGGGGCCAAGCGAGAAUGAAGUCGGCAAUCUCAAGUUCCAAGAUGCCGGAUUUUCCGCCUGUCCGACUUCAGAGAUGCCCAUCUUCCAAAUAUUCGCCACCAACAUCGCCGGUUACACACGCACAGAUUGUACUGGCAUCAACUUUGGCACAACGGGUUCCCAGCCCUCAGCAUAUCAAUACUAA